AUUUUUUCUGUAUAAGGUGUUAUCUUUAAAGUUGUUAGAGAGAGUUGUCGCCUGAAAUCAUCGCGAACGAACGCAUUAUCACAACGAAACGCUGUAUUUCAUUUAUUCAUUCACAAAUCAUCACAGUCUAAAAUGUAACUGUUUGUUUUAUUAUCAUCGUCUUCUGGCAAUCUUUUAGUCAUUAUAGCUGGACUUAAUAUUUACAAUUGUCGUAAAUGUUGGAAACUAAGGACGCAGGACCUUCCGUGUAUCCUUACAAGGAUGCUCAGCCAACUACCCAACAUUUUGGUGCCGUGACUCGGGAGCUGUAAUGUCUGAAAAAGAAACAUUAAAGAAGAAAAUUCAGGCACGAAACGGUCAUCGCCUGGUUGUUCGCAAAAAUGUCGCGAAGGCCCGAGAGCUGUUGCCUCCGCGCGGUCAAAAUCUUCCACCGGAACAACAAUCGAAACUCGAAUCAAUCAAAAACACACUGGAACGAAAACGAUUGAUUAUCACGACACUAGAUACAGAAAUUGAGGAUCUUUUGGAAGAAGUCGAUAUCGAGAAAGAAAUAGUAGAUCGUAGCGAUUUGGAAGAAGAAACGGAAGACAUCAUAUGUCAAAUAGAUCUAGUUAGCAGAAAGGACACGAUCGCCCCGCAACAUGAACUUAAUCGCAGCUUCGAAUCACAAGGUUUUGCCACAGCAGGAAAAGUGAAGCUACCAAAAUUACCUUUAACGGUGUUUAAUGGAGACCCGACAGAAUGGCCAUCAUUUUGGGAUAGUUUUUCCUCAACAAUUGAUGAAUCUCAAGGCUUGGCUCCUAUCGACAAAUUCAAAUACUUACAGAAAUCGCUGCUUGGCGAAGCCGCUAAAACGAUAUCAGGUCUUCCACUCACAAGUGAAAAUUAUCAAAUAGCUCUAGACUUAUUGCGAAAACGAUAUGGAAAUCGUCAAAUAAUUAUUUCAAAACAUAUUGAAGCCUUAAUGGAUUUACAAAGGACUGAAAACGGAGCGGAUUUGAAGAAAUUGCGUCAAAUGUACGACAAAGUUGAAAGCACUGUUCGCAGCUUAAAUGGAAUUGGUGUAUCUGCAGAAAGCUACGGAACUAUCUUGACGCCUAUCAUAAUGUCAAAAAUACCGGUAGAGUUAAGACUUCUUAUCUCGAGGAAACUAUCGGAUGAAUGGGAUUUAGAAGGACUAUUAUUAGCGUUCGGUGAAGAAAUUUCACUUCGAGAAAAGUGCGUUUAUGCACCUAUUGGUAGUGCUACCAAUACAAAAACAGUUUUAUCAAAACCAUCCUUUCAGCAAUCCACAGCAGCUACACUGCUAAUCAACAACCAGAAACGAGAAAGGAGUGCAAACGAUGGAAUACCAUCUUGUUUAUUUUGCGGGCAGAAACAUUUUUCUUCGAGCUGCACAACGGUUUCGAAUCCUGACGCGCGGAAGCAGACAUUACGCGAGAAACGGAGAUGCUUUGUUUGUUUACGUGGUGGACAUGUUAGCAGAUUCUGCAGAAGCAAUACUAGAUGUUUCAAAUGCCAAGGAAAGCACCAUGUUGCAAUUUGUGGCUCAAAAGCUGGCAGUUCCGCAAGUUUUGCAAAAGCAAGAGAAACAGCGUACAAGGAAACCGUCGCCGCGCCUCAGUCACCGCCCACACAACCAUCGGUAAGUACUUUGCUAGCGUCUCGCAAUAACACCACAAAUACCGCUGUCUUAUUACAAACUGCAAGAGCUAAAGUAAGAAGAGUAGACAGUAACACAGAAGAAUGCGUUGUAAGACUUAUUUUAGACUCUUGCUCCCAGAAAUCGUAUAUUUCACGCAGGCUAAGGGAUAAGUUACAGUUGCCCACCAUAAGCACAGAAAAGGUAAUCAUUAAAGAAUUCGGUAACGUUAGUGGGACAUUAAAAACGUGUGAUUCAAUCCAAAUUGCUAUCGAAGGAGCAGAUAACCUAACUGUGUUUAUUAAUGCUUUUGUGGUAGACAAUAUUUGUAGCCCGGUUGCUAAUCAAGCCAUAGACGUAGCCAAACUGAAAUAUCCCCACAUAAAAGAUUUGCCUUUAGCUGAUAAAGGUAGCGGCAUGGAUGAAUUUGAAGUUGACAUAUUGAUUGGGGCGGACUACAUUUGGCAGUUCAUGUUAGAUCACGUAGUACGGGGGGAGCAAGGUUAUGGCCCCGUAGCUACACUUACCAGAUUCGGGUAUGUACUUAACGGUCCCGUAGAAAUACCGUCAACAAAUGAACACUCAUCGAACAUUAUCAUUUCACAUGUCCUUAAAACUGACAAUAUUGUCGUUGAUAGCGAUAAACAUUUGAUAAACGAACUUCACAAAUUCUGGGAUAUCGAAUCUAUGGGUAUCAAGUCUAAUGAGCAAGAACUAACUUGUAGCGAAAAUCCAUUAGAGGGAAAAAUUCAUUUUAAUCAAAAACUCGGAAAGUAUGAGAUUUCGCUCCCAUUCAAGGAAGAUCAUCCUGUAAUUGCAGACAAUUAUCAAGUAGCACGUAAACGUCUCGAAAGCCUGUUAAAACGCUUAAAUUCAAAACCCGAUGUUUUGCAUCAAUACAACGAAGUAAUUUCUGAACAACUAAAUUCCGGUGUUGUAGAAAAGGUAGAGGAUACGGAGUUAUGCUCAGCUCCUGUUGGAUCUGUGUAUUAUAAUCCUCACAGGGAAGUAGUUCGAGAAGAGCGGCAAACUACAAAACUUCGAGUCGUUUACGACGCAAGCUCUAAACAAAACGGCGAAGUAAGUUUAAACGAUUGCUUAGAACCAGGCCCAAAUCUGGUACCUCUCAUUUUUGAUGUACUUUUGAGACUCAGAGCUAAACGAAUAGCGUUAAUUGGUGACUUAGAAAAGGCAUUUCUGAAUAUCAUUAUACAAGAAAACGACAGGAAUUUUCUCCGAUUCUUGUGGUACGAUAACGUUUUUGAAAAAGAUCCUGAGCUUGCAACAUUGAGGUUUUCACGUUUAGUUUUUGGACUUACGAGUUCACCGUAUGUUCUUAAUGCUACUGUACGUCACCACCUUGAAAACUAUCGACAGUCAGAUAACGAAUUUGUGCAAACCGUCGAAAAAUCUCUAUAUAUCGACGAUUUUGCGUUUUCAUUAGAUACUGAGGAGGAAAGUUUCGAACUUUAUCGUAAACUCAAACUUUGUUUUGCUUCUGGAGGGUUUAAUAUGAGGAAAUGGGCCUCUAACAGUGAUUCGCUUAUUGAACGCAUUGAACUAGCUGAAAAUAUGCAUAGUAAAACCGCAAAUUCGAAGGAAAGUAAUGUCAUUUUCGACGAUGAUGAAACCUUCACAAAAUCGAUCUCUAAUACAGUAUGCAAUGGUACCGAAUCUAAAAUCCUAGGAAUGCCUUGGAACAGAAAUAACGACAAAUUUGUGUUUGACUUUUCGGAGUUUAUCGAAGCCGCUAGCAGUACUGUUGAAGUAACCAAGCGCAAUAUUUUAAGAACUACCGCGCGGUUCUUUGAUCCGCUCGGAGUACUUUCGCCGGUAAUUCUUCCGCUUAAAAUGAUAUUUCAGCAAUUGUGCAAAUUGAAAACAGCCUGGGAUGAAAAACUCCCUGACGACAUUUGCAAUAAUUGGCUCAAAAUCGUAAACAACAUUGCAAACACAACACCAAUUGAAUUUCCACGAAGCCUAAUGGGAGAUAUUAUCAGUAAUGACGCUAUUUCGAUUCAACUACACGGCUUUUCUGAUGCAAGUCAAUAUGCAUAUGGGGCUUGUGUAUACCUUCGCGUCGAAUCAUCAUCUAAACUAGUAAUAAGCCGAUUAAUUUGUGCGAAAACCAAAGUAGCACCUAUGAAAGGUGAAACAAUACCGCGACUUGAACUAAUGGCCGCAGUAACACUUUCGCGUCUUAUAAAGUCAGUCCACAAUGCCUUGAUUAGCACAAUUAACUUAGAAUCAAUCUUUUGUUGGACAGAUUCACAGGUUGUCCUUCACUGGGUUUUAGGUAACAAAGAACACAAACAAGUAUUUGUAAGAAAUCGAGUGCAUGAAAUUUGCGAUUUAACCGAAAAGAAAAAUUGGCGAUAUUGUCCAACGUCUAACAAUCCAGCUGAUAUCGCUUCAAGAGGCAUUGAUUGUUCUAAAAUGCAAUCAAACGAGUUUUGGUGGAACGGGCCACAGUUUUUGGAAAACGACUCGGAAUUUUGGCCUGUAAAUGAAAUCGCGCCCUCGCAGCAAAUCGAAAUUAAUACAAACGUUGUCGUAACUGAAAAUAACGAUCAGCUAAAUCUGAACAAAAUCAUUCCAUGCGUAAAUUACAGUAGCUUCAUUCGCUUAAUACGGGUAACUGCGCUCGUAUUGAAAUUCGUGGCAAUUUUAAAAGGAAAGGUUAAAAAUUUACAAACAGACAUAAGUGACGACUUUUUGUCCAAAGUCAACGAAGCGAAAAUCAUGUGGCACUUAGAAGUGCAAAAGGUCUUUGAUCUAUCUGGAAAUGAUAAAGAAAUUAGAAAUAACCUCGGAUGUUUUGUCGACAAAGAAGGAAUAAUCAGAGUAGGGGGUAGACUUCAAAAUGCAUCGAUUUCGUAUAACAGUAAACACCCCGUAUUAUUGCCACGUCAGCAUCAUUUUACAAAAUUGGUUAUCUGGCAUAGCCAUUUAACAGUCAAACACAAUGGAGUCAAUGAAACACUUGCGCAAGUACGAUCCAAUUACUGGAUUACGAAAGGUCGUCAGAUUGUAAAAUCCUUAAUUGCGAAAUGUUCCAGAUGUAAAGCUAUACAUGGAAAACCAUACGAAACACCAAAUGCGCCACCGUUACCUGCAUAUCGCUUAUCAGAAGAUGCAGCAUUUACCAACGUUGCAGUCGAUUUUGCAGGUCCUUUAUAUGUAAAGGAUAUCUACACCAAAACUGAUCGUAUGAAUAAAUGCUACAUUGCAUUAUUCAGUUGUGCAAAUACGCGAGCAAUACACCUUGAGUUAGUUCCAGAUCUUUUCGCAGAAACAUUCAUUCGCGCGCUUAAACGUUUUACAGCUCGGAGAGGACUAAGUAAACUUAUCGUUUCAGACAAUGGAAAAACAUUUCUGGAUAAAAACGUUCAAAUGUAUGCGCAAAAUAUGAACAUUCGAUGGAAAUUCAACGUUCCUACUGCCAGCUGGUGGGGUGGCUGGUGGGAGAUAUGCGUAAAAUUAACGAAAAAAUGUCUCAGAAAAACGCUGGGAAACGCAAAGCUUUCGUACGAAGAACUGGAAACAGCAUUGAUCGAAACUGAAGGAAUCAUAAAUUCUAGACCCUUAACAUACGUUGGUGAAGAGAUAUCGGAACCACCAUUAACGCCGUCGUGUCUUGUCAUCGGAAGACGAAUCCUCGAUCAGUCGGAAUCACUAUCGUUAUCCUCGGAUAAAACUUCAUUAACAAAACGCGCUCGUUAUUUAGAAGUUGAAUUUGUUUAGUUGGUCACCCUAUGUACAAGCGCCUACGUAAGGGCCUUCUUAUUUUUUCUGUAUAAGGUGUUAUCUUUAAAGUUGUGAAAGAGAG